AUGGCCGCGACGCUUGCCAAUGGUGGCGUAUGCCCAAUUACCGGCGAAACGAUAUUUUGCAACCCAAAUGUCAGAGACGUGCUAACCUUGAUGUACUCUUGUGGCAUGUAUGAUUACUCUGGCCAAUUUGCAUUUCAGGUCGGUCUACCGGCGAAAUCGUCCAUUAGUGGCGGCGUGAUUUUGGUGGUGCCCAACGUCAUGGGUUUCGCAAUCUGGUCCCCACUGUUGGACGAGCUGGGUAACGCGGUUCGCGGAGUUACAUUCUCUAAGAAGCUAGUCGAACGCUUUAAUUUCCAUAACUACGACAGCCUGGUUCAUGGCGACCUGAAUAAAAUUGACCCAAGAAAACGGCCGUUUGACGCCAUCCAUCCAACCGACAAUGACAUCUUCUGUGCAGCAGCGUCUGGUGAUUUGGAGGCGCUAAAAUGGUAG